UAAAAUAGCGUUUGAAUUUUCUGCAUAAGCCUUCCACUUUAUUUUCCCAUAGUCUCUCAAGGCUUUCUGUGUUAAAGACACAGGGUGAGGUUUACAUCGAAAUGUAACAUGCAUGCAGAAAAGCGAAUGUGGCCCAAGUGUAUGAUGCUAUGAAGAGCCCCAAACUGAUCAAAUCCAUGGAACAGAUUAUGACCAGCACCCUAGGGUCCUCCUCCUUCCACCUUUAGUUACUGACCUUCAGCUGGAGGAGAUCCACUGUCCUGACUUUUAACAUCACGGUUCCACUUUGGCCAACGGGAAGGGUUUCAAGGUCAUGGAUAUGCCUCAGCAAUGACAGCCUGCAGGGCAAGCGGUUGGGAGGAUUCGUGGGGCUCUGGGUCCAGCUCAAAAAUGACAUUCAGGGUGUGGAAUGAGAACGCCUUUGGUUUCAGACAUCGCACCCCUGGCGCCUGUGAGCUGUGCGACACUGGGCAAGUCACUUCUCUGAGCCUGAAAGAGCAUCACCCCCUCCUUAAGGGGGAAUAACACUCCUGCCUCACAGGAUUAGAGAGGCAGAAAGCGGGCCGAGAGCACCCAGUACAGAGCUAUGCCCUAACCUUAGCUAGUACCCCUUGUAGAGUGUGGAUGAGACCACAGGCCCCCUUUUUUGGCCUCCCCCAUGUUUCUGGAGCUCAGUGAGCCCCACAUCCUGUGCCGUCAUCCUGCUGAGCUGAAUGCGGAAACCUUCUGACCUCACAGAUGACAUACUCCUUGAAGCCUCCAACUCCGGAGGCGCCAGCCGCCCAGGCCCGCCCUCCCUGCCCUGAGGCGGCUGGCCUCGACAGCCCUCCCAUUCAGACACCUCCACGGAAGCGGCUCCUCCCCACGCCUCCCCCUCCCCUGCCUCCCCAGGCUUCCUUCCUGUAUGGAACCAGACGGGACCGGAUCCCACUGCUCCCCCACCUUCCAGGGACCUCCUUCUGGCCCCUUCUUACCUCAGCUGGUCGGUGUGGGAAAUCCCUGUCUGCGCGGCACAACCAGAAGAACCACGGUCCAGCCGUCCCCCCACAGAGAGACCACAGGAGCCCAAAUAGAACGGUAUCAUGUUACUCCCUGCUCAGGAAACUCCGUGCGGCCAGACGUCAGUUGGAUCUAGCAGGGAAGAGUUGUCCUUCUGUCUUCUCUUUCCACGGCCGCUGCUGAAACUCGCCUCCCCAGGAGUCAAGGAACAGACCACCUCGUGGAAUGUGAGUAUUCUGCUUCAGUGCACGGAGGGGCUGUUCUAGAAUGCCUGCUCUAUUUCACAGCAUGAAAUUAGAAGUGCAAGAUGGCACAGAGAGAAAGGUUUGCCUUUUUACAGGAUGUGCUUAUCCAUUAAGAUACAACCAGCUCAUCCUUAUUUAUUUUUACUUAUUUUUAAAUUUUUUUAACACGUAUUUAUUUUUGAGAGACAGAGACAGAGUGUGAGUGGGGGAGGGGCAGAGAGAGA